UCUGGUGAACGCUGUCGAGUCUUGUACGCGAAACACUUCGAUAACGAUGGACUCGAAGAGAAGCUGGGUCGUGGCUGGCGCAUGCUUCUGGACCAACGUGUUCGCCUACCCGCUUCUCGGUGCUGCCGGCGUGGUGUACGUCAACAUUCUAAACACAUUCCACGUGACCCGGGAGGAAGCCUCGUGGCCUGUCAGCCUCACUUCCACGUUCUACCUACUCGCAGGCCUUCUGGGAGGAAUCCUGAACAAGUACAUCUCCAUCCAGGUCAUCCUUGUGGUUUCCUGUACACUCAGCGCUCUGCUCGUUUCAGCCUGCUACUUCACCACGGGCCUCUGGUAUCUAAUCUUUGUACUGGGUGUCUUGCACGGAAUAUUCGUAGGUGGCAUCCGGCUGAACGUGGUGGCCAUCAACAAGCACUUCGUUAAACACUUAGCCAGUGCGUCUGGGCUUAACAUGGCCGGUCUGUCCGUGGGAGGAUUCGUCCUGCCACCACUGCUUCAGCUUCUGUUCGACCAGUAUGGCUUCAGGGGAGCGCUACUCAUAUGCGGAGGUAUAUCUCUUAACGCAGUCCCAGCGGCUAUGCUUUGCGGUGACCCGGACAAACCGAAGCCAUCGUCACUGUUUACAGCCGAACACAAGCGAGUGAAUAAAGAAGAUGUUUUCGGAGAGGAGAAAGUUCUGGAAGAGCAGGUCAUCACCACUGACUCGAGCGCUACUGUUUACCAGUGUGAUAAAGUGGACGUGCUGCCUGACAAACCAUUGAAGGAGGUUUCAGGGUACGAGUUACUUUCACCAGUACUGCCCAAGGAAAGCACUUCUAAAUAUGUAUCAAACCUAAAAGAGUUUCCAACGAGAGACUCGGAAAAGAAGACACCACUUAAGGUCAUCGCUUCGACCAGACGUCGGACUCUUGGCCAUAAUAGGGCAGCAGCGACAGAUCAUAACUACGGAUUCAUUUUGAGCCCCCACUUUUACCUCGUGACGCUUACUCAUCUCGUUGUCUUCACCAACAUGGUAACGUGCCUCACUGUGAUAAUCGACUUUGCUGUCGACUGUGGUGUCCCCAAGUGGAAUUCCGUGCUCCUGGUGCCAGCGUACUCUAUCGCAGACGUUGUGGCGCGCCUUAGCUCUGGCUGGGUGACGGACAAGGGAUACCUGUCCAGGAGCGGCUGGACCGCGUUGUGCUUGUUCUGCUGGGCUGCAGCGUUGGCCUUGAUGCCGGUAGCGCGUUCCUUCGGUUCGUUGUUUGUGUGCGUUGUCGUGUCCGGUUUGUGCAACGGUUCAACUUUGGCCUUAGUUCCAGUUCUCUACGCGGAAGUUACCGAUGCGCGUCGCUACCCUCUGUGCUUCGGAGCAGGGUCGAGCUUGGUCGGCCUCGCCAACCUCCUGCGACCACUGUUGAUAGGUCACUUCCGUGAUCACAUCGGGGGCUAUGGAGGCCUGUUCUACUUGUAUGCCAGCUGCACAUGCGUGAUGCUAUUCUUUUGGUUAUUGCACACAGCCCGGAAUCGUUACCAAACUCAAAAAAGUGUAUUUGUAGAUCGUCACUAAAGUAUUUCACUCUGACCUAUAUAAAGAGAUGCAACGAUGCAAACAGGCACAGGGAAAGCUAAAACAAAUUUAUGCCCAUGCCUGUGACCAGGAUAAUAAAUUAUUUGUUGUGCUAUGUGGCCUGUUCAUAAAUGUGACAUCUAAAAGCGAUCACAUAAAUAUAACAACAAAACCAUUCAAUUUUGCCUAUCAAAAGUUGUCCACAGACCCAUAGGACUUUCAUCUGCACUCUUAAGCAUUGAAUUUGUAAAACAGCUUGUACUUACGUGGUAUAGCUGUGGUUUAAGCGUGCUAAGAAAGACAUAAAUGGACACGGGACUAGCGCUUAUCUCUCCACUAGAAUAUUUAUUGAAAAGUGGAGAGUGUGAAUGCACCAAAUGAAGAUUAACGCAUGUGGGAAGGCAAAAGGACAACCAUGGCAACACGAGAGCAGUCAUUUAACAAAAACAGAAAGAUUAUCCGGAAACAUAAUCUAGAAAGGCACACUUUUUCACAAUCUUCAUUCUUCAAUAAAGUUUUAGUUGCGUGUAAACGCUUGUUAUGUGUUCUUUUGUGUCUUUCUUCGUGCGCUUAGACCCCAGCUAUACCGUGCAUGUCAACCAACAAUCCCAAGUGUCGAUUCUUUUGGCUUGUAGCAAAAGAAAAAAAAAUCGCCUCCAUAUCCCCCCCAAAAAAUGUCAGAUGAGCUUGCCCGGAGGUGCACGGUACGUUUCUUGGCAAAACCGUUUCUGUAGAAAGCGCAUCAUGUGUACGUCGAAGGCAGCGUUGGCGGGCACAUUCCACGGCCCGCUCUGCACACCGUUGGCCACGCCAAUCGGCACACUUUAACCACCUGCCCCUUUUAUACAAUUCUGGCCGCUGCCGUGAGUCAAAUGCCCGACGCUCAUAAAUGGCAGACAUGAAGCUAUCAGGCGUUCUUGAACGGGGUUGAGAACUUGAGAGCAGGCAGAUGAGGGUGCUUGGCGGGAUUUAAGUAACCGUGCGUAACGUUCAUCGUAGGCAGCCUAUUACGUGCUGCCGCACCUACGAAACGACGAGAACGUAGUGGACGUAAUCGCGAGGAGGCGAGCACGUGGGCCACCAAAAACCGACGCCUUGAGCGGUGGCACGCCAUCCAGUGAGCAUUGUUGGGAUCACCAGAGAGGACUCCGUGAGCAGCGACCGGAGAAGUACUGACAACGCUGGCGUACACGCCGGAAGUGGGCAGGUUCGCAGGUGGGCAGGUUAGGUGGGCAGAUGAGAUCAAGAAGCUUGCGGGUAUAAAUUGUCAGCAGCAAGCACAGAACCGGGUUAACUGGCGGAACGUGGGAGAGGCCUUUGUCCUGCAGUGGACGUAGUCAGGCUGAUGAUGAUGACAUUCACACACACCUCUGCAAACUGUGAUCUCCGAGACUUUGGAUAUAUUUAGUUGUACGUAUGAGGGAACAAACACUUGUCAUGUUGUUCGUUGUGUUGCGAGAAAUGCUGCGCUCUUUUGUAUAGAUAUUUGUAUACAGCGCGAAAGCGGUUCCCGCUCAUUGAUGUGCUUUGUACGACCAUUAAAAGUAAUUUUCGAUGCAACAAAAAAA